AUGGGGAUUAGGGGCAUCCCAAAAGUGGAGGCCCUCAAACGGAGCAGCGGAGCUUCAGCAAUGGGAGCAGGCAAGAAGACGCGUUUUAGCUCAUGGGCAACGUUUCCAGGCGCUACCGAAGCAGCCAGAAGAAAAGAAACAACUGGAGCAGCGUCUGAGGCGUGCUUGAGCCCUUCUACUUCCACCUCCUCAACAGCUCCUGCAUCGACUCCUCUCUUUCUCGGCCACUGCGAUAGCGGAAUGAUCAGCGACUCAGAAUCCACACACUCAAGCGCCCAUCUGUACCAUUUACCUGCUGUCUCGGAUUCCAAUGGUGCUCCUACCGCGGAUUAUGCUGCUAGCAACAGUACCAAAGACGAAGGAAGGGAUCGGCGUACACUGUGGGCCCCUGAUAGUUGGCGGAGUCUACCCGCAGCUCAAGACCCCUUUGCGUCACUGCCAGCUUCAGCGGUCACCGGGGUGUGCAGACAGCUGCGUUUACUGCCGCCCCUCAUUUCCACCAACGAGGUGAAAUCACUUCUCUCCGCUCUCUCGAAGGCACAGAAUGGAGAGGCCUUUCUGCUUCAGGGAGGCCCCUGUGCCGAGCAAUUCCGUGGCUGCAGAGAAGAGAUACUUCGCGAUACUGCCGGACUCCUCUUGCAUGUGGGGGCGGUAAUGGAGGCCCAGCUUAAACUGCCCGUAUGCAUUGUUGGCCGCAUUGCAGGACAGUAUGGGAAACCUCGGACAAAUAGCAUGGAAAAGCGAGGAGACCAGGCGGUGCCGACCUACAGAGGAGACGCUGUAAAUGGAGAAUGCCCCAGCGAAAGGACUCCGAACGCAGACCGCAUGCUCUCCGGUAGGGUCAACGAAAGGUGUAUGCAUAUGUAUAUUUCUCUAUGCGCGUCAUAA